UUUGGUUGAUGAAACCUUAUAGUUGAAAAUCUCUCUCUUUCUCUCUCUGUCUCUCAAAGUACAGGAUGAGCCUCAUAUGGGGUGAAGGGCUUCAAUGACAUUGUCAGACAUUUUGUACAGUUGAUUUCAAAGGAUAUCAAGAAGAGAGAAGCAUAAGGUGAAAUGGCCUCUGUGGAGGAAAUUUUCCACCUUUCAGGACCAAUACAUCUCACUGCUAUUGACUGGAACAACAUAUAUCACCGAAGAUCUGUUGCUGCCAGCUUGGUUAAAGGAGUGUACAUGCUUGAACAUGAUCGCAGGCAGAACCGCCAUGGACCUCAAGCUCUCGCUCUACCAUGGUGGGACUUCUUCCAUUUCAAAUUAGAUCAUAUGCUCAUAGAUGAUGUUGACUUAUCCAUAUGCGGUGCCAUUUAUGAGUACAAAUACCCAUCUCCUGCUCUAAACCUCCCACAAUAUGUUAUUGCCUUCCGAGGAACAAUCAUGGAAUCAGACACUGUGUCACGGGACUUCAAGUUAAACCUCAAGAGCAUCCUUAACAAACUUCACCGGAGUUCCCGGUUUCAACUUGCAAUGCAUUGUGUUCACAACACAGUUGCUUUGUCUCGAGGUGCAAGAGUGUGGUUAACUGGACAUUCUCUGGGGUCAGCUAUGGCAUUGCUUGUAGGAAAGAACAUGGCCAAGAUAGGCUAUUUCCUUGAAACUUAUCUGUUUAAUCCACCAUUCUUAUCUCUCCCCAUAGAAGGGGGGUUCAAGAAUGAAACAUUGAAGCUUGGGAUCCGCUUUGCAAGCAGUGUUGUCAAGGCAGGCCUCAUGGUUGCUGUAAAAGGUCGCAAACAUCGUAAGGCUCAAGCAUAUGAUCCUUUUGUAGUGUUAUCUCCAUGGGUACCAUACCUUUUUGUGAACCCAGAUGAUCCUAUUUGUUCCGAAUAUAUUGGGUACUUUGAACACAGGAGGAAGAUGGAGGAGAUUGGAGUUGGAAAAAUUGAGAGGCUUGCAACAAAGAAUUCCAUGAGGAACCUAUUCUCAAGUGUGUUGGGAAUAAAUUCAGGUGCAGAAGCACUGCAUCUCCUUCCUUCAGCAUAUCUGACUGUUAAUAGGGGUCGGUUAUCAGAUUUUUAUGGAGCUCAUGGACUUCAACAGUGGUGGAAUCCUUAUUUUCCAUGUGAAGCUAUGUUUUAUAGGUACAACACUACAACUUGAAUUGAAUGGGCUAGGUAGCGCUCAUGCAAAAUAAUUUGCAAAUAAUUUUUAGUUCUCUUAAGCAGACCAUCUAAAUAAUAGCAUUAAACUAAAAAAAAAUGUCACACCUGAUGAUGAGUCUUCCUUUCACUUAGAUGAUCUAAAGUUUUAUUGUGUAUGUAGUAAGAGAAAAGGAAAAUAGACUCUGUUUCCUCAUUUCCUUUUUUCUCUAGAUGUCAAGAAUGGAGAGCAAAAGUGUGUGUUUUAAUG